UUCCUCAAGCUCAGAUCGCUAUAUAAAUUCAAGUGUCAGUUAUCAGAAGAAAUGAAACUCAGGUUGCCAUAUGUUUUGGGCUUGUUGGUAGUCAUCGCAUUGUAUUCUAUGAAAUACCAUUGGUCAAGGAGAAAAAUGUACGCCGCUGCCUCUAAAAUGAAUGGACCAAGGACAUUACCUCUGAUAGGAAAUGCUCAUUCAUUCUGCUGCAAAUCAGAAGAUGUACUUCAGAAGAUUACUUCUAUAAUUGAUGAAUAUAAUAAAGAUCCUAUUCGAUUUUGGCUGGGACCGAAUUUGUUGGUUGUCUUGAAAAAUCCGAUUCAUCUUGAGAAAAUCAUGUCAUCCUCCAAAUUCGCUUAUAAACACGAGCUUUACGAAAUCUUCGAAGAAUAUGUUGGAGAUGGUCUGAUUAGUGCAUCAGGUCUAAAACCCAAAUACAAAAUACAUAGAAGGAUAUUCCAACCCCUGUUCGAUAUAAAAUUCAUUUCCAGUAUUCUCGGCAUCAUGAGGACACAAAUGACAAUUUGUAUGGACAAACUGGAAGAACACGUUGACAAGGAAACUCUUGACAUACAUGAUAUGAUAUUUGCUUGUGCGGGAGACAUUAUUGGAGAAGCUAUCUUGGGAAUGGAAAUGAAUAAUCAGCGAAUUGGGCUUUCGCAGUUUUGUCGUUCCGUAGUAGAAAUGCUAGAAAUGGCAUAUGAGCGACUUGUGAAAGUAUGGCUUCAAUUUGACUUCAUUUUCAACAGACUACCAAUUAAAAAGAAAUCCGAUGAAGUGAUUUUCGUGAUUCACAACUUUGCUGAAGAGGCACUUAUGGUUUCAUUCGAAAGAAGAAACUCAUCUGAAAGAGACGAGGCACGUUUUGUUCCAAUCAUAGACACAAUUUCUAAAUUUGCGGAAAGUAAUCCAGAUAUUAUCAAUCACGAGGACUUAGUGAAUCAUCUGAUAACUUUUUUCCCAGCCUCAGCUGACACAUCUACUAUAAUAACAUCAUUUGCUGCUGUCUGCUUUGGAAUGUAUCCAGAAUAUCAGGAGAAAGCUGCCCUGGAAGUUAGGUCUAUAGUGGGUGAUCAAAUUUCAGAGAUAACUUUGGAUCAGAUUUAUAAAAUGGAGUAUUUGGAUAUGUGUAUGAAAGACGUAUUGAGAUUAUUUCCCAUUGCACCUUAUAUUCUGAGAAGAACUGUUGAAGAUUACGCUUUAGAUAAGUGGAUAUUACCGAAAGGAACUGCCAUAGUGGUACCCAUUUUCAACUUGCAUAGAGAUACGGCACACUGGGAGAAUCCAGAACACUUCCAUCCCGACCAUUUUCUUCCGGAAGCUGUGAAGAACAGGCAUAUAUAUGCCUAUAUGCCCUUCAGUGCAGGUCCACGAGGAUGUAUAG